AACAACUCUACAGUGCGCGUGCGCGCUCUUGUGUCUCACAAUAAUGGAGGACAAUCUUCUCCAGCCGUUGUGAACCAAACCACCGUGCUCAUUUGGAGAAUUUGGACAAAGCAACGUGCAACUAAGUGUCGAAAACACGUAAUCGCAGAGCAGAAUGGCCUCCGACUCAGUAGCUCAGGCUCCUGGGUCGAGGAUCAUGACCUUCCAUCCAACCAAAGAGGAAUUCAAAGACUUCAGCCGCUACAUUGCUUAUAUGGAGUCAAAGGGUGCUCACUUAGCUGGCAUGGCUAAGGUUGUGCCUCCUAAGGACUGGAAGCCCCGCCGCACAUAUGAUGACAUUGAUGACCUGGCCAUUCCUGCCCCUAUUCAGCAAGUGGUGACUGGUCAGUCCGGGCUUUUCACACAGUACAACAUCCAGAAAAAGCCCAUGACUGUCCGUGAGUUCCGCAAGAUCGCAAACACAGACAGGUUCUGUAACCCUCGGUAUGUAGAUUUUGAUGAGCUGGAGAGGAAGUACUGGAAGAAUCUUACGUUUAAUCCCCCACUGUAUGGAGCAGAUGUCAGCGGAACUCUCUACGAUGCAGAUGUAAAUGAGUGGAACAUUGGGCAUCUGAACACUAUUCUGGACACAGUGGAGAGAGAGAGUGGCAUUAAGAUUAAAGGGGUGAACACACCGUAUCUGUACUUCGGGAUGUGGAAGAGCACGUUUGCCUGGCACACUGAGGACAUGGAUCUCUACAGUAUCAACUAUCUGCACUUUGGAGAACCCAAGUCCUGGUACGUUGUGCCUCCAGAACAUGGGAAGCGAUUAGAACGUCUGGCGAAAGGCUUUUUUCCCGGAAGCGCCCAAAGUUGUGAAGCCUUCUUGCGACACAAAAUGACUUUGAUUUCCCCAUCAAUAAUAAGAAAAUAUGGCAUCCCUCUUGAGAAGGUUGCACAGGAAGCAGGUCAGUUUAUUGUGACCUUCCCCUACGCCUAUCACGCUGGAUUCAAUCAUGGAUUCAAUUGUGCAGAGUCCACAAACUUCGCCACUCAGCGCUGGAUCGAUUACGGCAAGCAGGCAGCAUUAUGUUCAUGCCGUAAAGAUAUGGUGAAGAUUUCCAUGGAUGUGUUUGUGCGAAAGUUCCAGCCAGAGCGAUAUAAACUGUGGAAGGCGGGAAAGGACAGUGUGAUGAUUGACCACUCCAAACCCACACCAGAAGCAGCAGAGUUCCUUCAGGAUGGAAAGACGCCAGGAGAAGCGGGAGAGCUCAGCAACAGCAGCCCUGCUGAAACCAGAGGAGAGAGGGAGACCAAGACAGAAGAGGAAGGGGAGAGAGAGGCGGAGAAGGGCCAGACAGCGACAAACGAGACAGAUACAAAGAGGGCAGACAUGAUGAUAGAAAAUGCAGGUGCACAACAAAGAAAGUCAGAAACGCAAGCGGCAAAUGCAGAGGGAGAAGAAACAGAGACCAGAAAGACUCCGCUAGAAGCAGAUAGUGAAAUGAAGAAGAUACAGACUGAAAGAGACAAGACAGAUAAAAUAGACAUAGAGGAAGAAGCGAUCGAUGAACAGUGUGUCGAAACAGAAAGAAAAGAGUCAGACAUGGAAAUACCAGAUCGAGAGGCAGGUCUGACAGAGACAAACCAAUCUGAAAUAGAGAUGGAGACAGAAAAUGACAGUACAGAGAGCAGACCGAAGGAUAAGACUGAUGGAGGAGAAGAACAGACAGAUACAGUAGAGAUGGAAACUGAAGAAAUAAAACAGCCAAAGACUGAAACAGAGAUGGAAACUAGAAAGGAAGAGCUGGACAGCAGUGAGUUGAAGCAAGACAUGAGUGAGACGGAUGGCGGCAAGUGGGAGACUGAAAAAGAGAAUCUGUCUGUGACACAAGAGACAGACACAUCAGUGACACAAAUGGAAACACAGAAGAAUGGGAUGGACAGUCAAAAGACAGAUGGAGAAAAUAAGGAAAAUGAAAAAGAGGAGGCAGCAAUGGCCAGUUCUGAGAGAGGGGAGAUGGAGAGUGGAAAAAUGGAGAGUGAGACAGGUGAAACAACCAGAGGAGAGAUGGAGAACAAGACCGAGAUAGAGAGUGAGACAGGAGAGACUGGGACAGGAGAGGUGGGGAGCAAGACCGAAAGUGGAGAAGGAGAGACUGAGACAGAGCAGGAAGCUCUGGAAAGAGAAACAUGGGGUGGAAAUCUGGAGAAGGAGACAGGGGGAGGAGAAAUUGAGAGCAAGACCAGAUGUGGAGAGAUGGAUAGUAGGGCAGGAGAGACAGGGAGUGGAGAGAUGGAGAUUGAAACAAGGAAUGGAGAGCUGGAGAGUGGGACAGGAGAGAAGGAUAGAGGCGAGAUGGAGAGUGAGAGAGUAGAAACGGGGAGAGCAAUGGAGAAUGAGAGAGGCAGGGACGAAAUGGAGAGUGAGACAGGAGAGACGAAAAGAGAAGAAGCCAGUGAAACAGAAGAGAUGGGGAAAAGAGAAAUGGAGAGUGAGACAGGAGGGGCAGCAAGAAGAUUCAUGGAGAACAAUGAGGGAGAAACCAGGACAGAGGAGAUGGAGAGUGAGACAGGAGGGGCAGCAAGAAGAUUCAUGGAGAACAAUGAGGGAGAAACCAGGACAGAGGAGGUGGAGAGUGAGACAGGAGGGGCAGCAAGAAGAUUCAUGGAGAACAAUGAGGGAGAAACCAGGACAGAAGAGGUGGAGAGUGAGACAGGAGGGGCAGCAAGAAGAGUCAUGGAGAACAAUGAGGGAGAAACCAGGACAGAAGGGGUGGAGAGUGAGACAGGAGGGGCAGCAAGAAGAUUCAUGGAGAACAAUGAGGGAGAAACCAGGACAGAAGAGGUGGAGAGUGAGACAGGAGGGGCAGCAAGAAGAUUCAUGGAGAACAAUGAGGGAGAAACCAGGACAGAAGGGGUGGAGAGUGAGACAGGAGGGGCAGCAAGAAGAUUCAUGGAGAACAAUGAGGGAGAAACCAGGACAGAAGAGGUGGAGAGUGAGACAGGAGGGGCAGCAAGAAGAUUCAUGGAGAACAGUGAGGGAGAAACCAGGACAGAGGAGGUGGAGAGUGAGACAGGAGGGGCAGCAAGAAGAUUCAUGGAGAACAGUGAGGGAGAAACCAGGACAGAGGAGGUGGAGAGUGAGACAGGAGGGGCAGCAAGAAGAUUCAUGGAGAACAGUGAGGGAGAAACCAGGACAGAGGAGGUGGAGAGUGAGACAGGAGGGGCAGCAAGAAGAUUCAUGGAGAACAGUGAGGGAGAAACCAGGACAGAAGAGGUGGAGAGUGAGACAGGACAGACAAGUAGAGGAGAUAUGGGGAGUGAGGCAAUGAGAGGAAAGUUGAGGUGUGAGGUAGGAGAGAUAGAAAAAGGUGAGAUGGAGACUGAGACAAGUGCAGGGGAGGUGGAGAAUGAGACAACAAGAGGAGAGCUGGAGAGUGAAACAGGGAGAGGGGAGGUGGAGAACAUAACAGGGAAGGAAGAAAUGGAGAGUGAGACAGGGAGAGGGGAGGUAGAGAACAUAACGGGGAAGGAAGAUGUGGAGAGUGAGACAAGGAGAGGGGAGCUAGAGAACAUAACACUGGAGGUAGAAAUGGAGAGUGAGACAGGGAGAGGGGAGGUGGAGAGCAUAACGGGGAAGGAAGAUGUGGAGAGUGAGACAGGGAGAGGGGAGGUGGAGAGCAUAACGGGGAAGGAAGAUGUGGAGAGUGAGACAGGGAGAGGGGAGGUGGAGAGCAUAACGGGGAAGGAAGAUGUGGAGAGUGAGACAGGGAGAGGGGAGGUGGAGAGCAUAACGGGGAAGGAAGAUGUGGAGAGUGAGACAGGGAGAGGGGAGGUAGAGAACAUAACGGGGAAGGAAGAUGUGGAGAGUGAGACAAGGAGAGGGGAGCUAGAGAACAUAACACUGGAGGUAGAAAUGGAGAGUGAGACAGGGAGAGGGGAGGUGGAGAACAUAACGGGGAAGGAAGAUGUGGAGAGUGAGACAGGGAGAGGGGAGCUAGAGAACAUAACACUGGAGGAAGAAAUGGAGAGUGAGGCAGGGAGAGGGGAGGUGGAGAACAUAACGGGGAAGGAAGACGUGGAGAGUGAGACAGGGAGAGGGGAGGUGGAGAACAUAACGGGGAAGGAAGACGUGGAGAGUGAGACAGGGAGAGGGGAGAUGGAGAACAUAAAUGGGAAGGACGACAUGGGGAGAGGGGAGAUGGAGAACAUAAAUGGGAAGGAAGACAUGGGGAGCGGGGAGGUGGAGAACAUAACACUGGAGGAAGAAAUGGAGAGUGAGACAGGGAGAGGGGAGAUGGCGAGCAUAACACUGGAGGAAGAAAUGGAGAGUGAGACAGGGAGAGAGGAGAUGGUGUCAAAAAGGACUAAUGAAGAAGAAAGAAAAAUAGAAGUUGUUGAGAGUGUAAAAGAAGAGACUGUUUCAGCAAAUCUGGAGGAAAAGGCAGAAGAGAGAGAGAUUGCAGAGACAGGAGGAGAGAAAGAGGUGACGGAGACAGAACAAGACAUGAAGACCAGCAGCUCUUCUGUUCAGAGGAAGAGCAGUUCCAAGGCGAAGGUGGGGAUGAAACGGAAGAGAGGAGCCAGUGCUGGUUCUGCCGAGGCUGUAGAGCAGGUUAAGCGGAAGAGAACCAGGCUCAGUCACCCUGAACCAAAGCGUGAGGCAAAACAGCGAGGUUCAGCAGGCAAAGACGAGAGCGACAAUGAGCACAGCAUGGAAUUGGGCACUCCAGCAUUGAAACAGGAAAAGAAACCAGACCACUCCCAUUUAGAGCCUCCUCAUCUUCCAUCAAAAAACCAGCCAGUCACCAUCACUCCUAUAACUCCUAACCGAAGCCAUAGCACUUCUCUGUCCUGCCACAUCGCCGCGUCUUCCCAGCCUCGCAACAUCGCCUCUCGGCCCAAAGAAACCACUCCGUGCUGUGAUCUUAGAACUAAGUGCCCUCAGCCGAACAACACCACCUCUCCAUCUCGGCGUGCUGUUCUCACCAAACCCAACAAAACCACCACUAAAUCUCCAUCUAGCGACAUCAACGCAGACUCGAGUGACCUCAGCAUUCAGGCUAAACCCACCAAUAACUCAAGACACCGUGGUGAUAUCACACCAAAACGCAGGAAAACCAGCCCUAAACAUGAAGCCAAACCCAGGGAGAGCUGUGGCAGCUCUGUUCCAGACGAGGACCGGGAUGAGUUAAAGGCUGACUACAGAGGGAGCUCAGCUCAGCGGCUUUUCCAGCGGACACUGAGUCCCGCUGAAGUUCUACACGUGCACAGCUACGCUAAAGGAGAUUACAGCGAUCUGGACAGGGAGCAAAGGGACAGCGACACGGACACAGAGACGCAGGAGAAUGGACAGCAGGGGGCAGAAAACGACUCUUUUGAGGUACUGAACAGUUUAGUGAGGCUGCCCAGACAUCAUCCGCUAAUAAAGGACAACAUCAGUGACGAGGAGCUUCAAGACCACGCUUUAAUUGAGGAGGAUGGUUUAGAGGGUGAGCUGUGGGCCAAGCCUCUGGUUCAGCUGUGGCAAAACAGACCUUACAACGAACAGCGAGAGAGGGAGUACAACAGAGAGAUGGGCCUCCAGUCACCAUACUGUGCCAUCUGUAUGAUCUUCCAAACGCACCAGCGGUCUGAAGAGGCUGACUGUGAGCGAACUGCAGUUCAGACUGGACGUCAAAUGAGGACAAAGCCACUGAUCCCUGAGAUGUGUUUCAGCACAACCACAGAAGAGUGCACUGAACUUCAUCUAUCCACGCCUUAUUUGGAUCAGGAUGGCACUAGCCUGCUCAUCAGCUGCUCCCAGUGCUGUGUGCGUGUGCACGCCAGUUGUUAUGGCGUUUCCCCUGAGAGGGUCACAAAAGACUGGAAAUGUGCCCGUUGCAAAGCCAAUGCCCUCACGGAGAGUUGUUGUCUGUGCUCGUUAAGAGGUGGAGCAUUACACAGAGCCAACAAUGAUAAGUGGGUACAUGUACUGUGUGCAGUGGCGGUGUUGGAGGCUCGCUUCGUGAACAUCACGGAGAGAUCUCCGGUGGAUCUCAGCGGCAUUCCCUUACAGAGAUUUAAGCUGAAAUGUUACUACUGUAAGAGGCGGAUGAAGAAGACGACGGGCUGCUGUGUGCAGUGUUCCCAUGGCCGCUGCCCCACCUCGUAUCACCCUACCUGUGCCCAGGCUGCAGGCGUCCUUAUGCACCCGGAUGACUGGCCUUUCAUCGUCUAUGUCACUUGUUGCCGUCACAAAGGCCCUGUCCAUUCAGAGAGGAAAAAAGAGGCCAUGAUGGAAAUCAGUGCAGGCCAGAGGGUGAUCUGCAAGCACAAAAACGGACGCUACUACCAAUGUGAUGUGGUUCAGCUGACAAAAGAGACAUUUUAUGAGGUCAACUUUGAUGAUGGCUCCUUCAGCGACAACCUCUUUCCUGAGGACAUUGUGAGCCGCGACUGUGCCCAGCUGGGUCCUCCAGCUAUGGGAGACGUAGUGCAAGUGCGUUGGACAGACGGCCUUAUCUAUGGAGCCAAGUUUGUGGCAGCACAUGUCAUUCAAAUGUACCAGGUGGAGUUUGAGGAUGGCUCACAGCUCACAGCCAAGAGAGACGAUGUCUACGCAUUAGACGAAGAACUGCCCAAAAGGGUGAAAUCCAGACUGUCGAAGGCAUCAGACAUGCGUUUCGAUGGCAUCUUUGGAGAGAAGAAGCUGCAGGAUAGCAAGAGGCAGCGUGUGAUUAACUCCAGAUACAGAGGUGACUACAUCGAGCCGGUCAUCUACCGAACCAUCAUGGAGUAACCAGCAUCAUCAUCAUCAUCUUCCUCCUUGCAGCACCAGCAUUGAUUGAGCAAAGCUCCCACGCACACGUCUCACAACAUGAAGUGAGAAUGUUUCUUUCUGUGUGUGACAUUGUAUACAUCUGCUUUUUAACAAGUUUGUAACUGCUCCAAGAGCUUUGCCAUCACUCUGAUCUCUGAAAAGCUUUUAGUGAAGGCGUUUUUAAAAUGCGCGCAUGCGCGUACACACACCUGUGCCACAUCUUUUCAGACAAGAUGUGGUUUUUAUAUCCUUCCUGGAAAUUGAGCCACUUAUACAUACACUUUGGCCAGACAGCAUUAGAGUUUGUACUAGUUUUAUACACAUCCUCAUUGUUUCUUCAUGUUGUUCAGUUUGCAUUAAUUUAUUUCCCUCCGAGUUCCGGGUGCUAAUACUUGCCCAUAUAUUUUUAUCGAAUGGAGGAAACAUUGCCAUUUUAUCAACAUAAACACCUCCUUUUUUAAUCCACACUGUUGUCAAAUUGUACAGCCGCAUUCCUGAAUAUUGUAGAUUUUUUGCAACAUAAUUAAUUUAGAUCUGUUUUUUUUUAAACCAGUCUAUUUAUUAGAUGGUGCUUUCUGAAAGUAGCCUUUGCAAUAUAAUUGUCUGAGUUCUAACAGCACUGUCAUCUAGACAGACGAUGUGGUUCCUGUUUUCCCCUGGGAGGUUCUUUUAAAAUGCCACGGAUUUCCUAACUGUUCCUCUCAGUUCUGCUAUAUGAUGCAUUUAAAGACCUGCUUUGCACUGCUGUUCAAUCAGACACGUUUUAUUUUAAUUACUUACAGCUUUGGCAAUCUUAAUUGUAACCCUGUUAGGCAUGAGCUGAUACUCAGGUUCACAUAUCAUUGCUAAAUAUCUAGCCUUCGUCACCAUGCACAAUAUUAUUGCAGUAGAUUGCAUUAAAAAUGCAAGCUUUUUUUUUGUUGGCUAACAUUUUAACUGUGAUGGAAGCCUUGGCAGUUCCCCCGCUAAACUAUUCAACCUUUGUCUGUUGGCUGAAAUCAACCUUACUUACACUACCUGAACUGCCCGGGCUUAUAUAUCAUUUUUUUUUUAAUUAUUAAAAAAUUGGGUAAUUAAAACUAGCUCGUUUGUGUUCUCUUGCUGUUAAGUAAGUUAGCUGGGGAAUUGUCUUUGGAAUACCUGAGCUAAACACGUAGCUAGCUCCAUAAAAGCUUUUUACUAAAAAGGUAGCUAAAAAUAAAUAACUAAAUAUCUAGCUUGGUAGUUUGGCACCAUAAUUCUGUAAAAUUAAGUAUUUAUUAAAUAAUGUAUUAAAUAAGCAUUAACAAGAUGCUGUUAUUGUAAUAGCAAAAAAUCUUACCAAAAUAGCCUCACUAACCAGAUGAACAUUGGGAUGGGAUUGUCAGGGGGACUGUGAGCUACCGUUCUGUUCGUGCUCCAGUGAACAGAAUUGUGGGAUUUUCUUCUCUAAGGAUACAUGCAGUGGUGCCUUCAGAUUAAUCAGCUAAUAAACACAGUAUAAGCAAGACAGUUUCCUUUAUGCUGUUCUUAUUUUGAUUCUCUAAACAGGACAGAAUUCAUUUUGAGAGCACAAAUGCUGCCCACCCAAUACUAUCUACCCAGGCAGCUUCUUCGCAAAUGGAAAGCAACACAGAAUAACAUUUCUGAAUUGUCCACUGUGGUAAAAGGGUGCCUGUUCAAUAUUGCGACAUAUUGAAUAAUAUUAAAGACUAUCAGAACACGCCUAAUCCCCAUGCUUUAAAAGAAAGCUAGUUUUGCACUCCUAAGCUGUAUUCUUAAUAAAUUGAUUCCUCUAGCCAAGUUUCCAAAACAGACACUCGCACAUGAAGGGCUUUUAAAGCCUGUGAUGUGAUGUGUAGUGUGUGUAUGUACUUAAUAGCUGUCCGAUAUUUAAGUUCCUUUCACUCAGCAGGAAGGGAUCUACAUAUAUCACCACUUUAAAAAAAGAAAAAGAAAAAAAGGACUUAUUACAAAUGUUUUUUAUUAUUAAGAAGCCUAUUUUAUUGCUUUGUUUUAUAAUAAGUGUUUAAUGUUUAUAUGCUGUGAGAAAUAGAGUUGUAUGUAGUUAAUUUAAGGACUUCAUAAACUGGCAGUGUAUUUUCCCAGCUUGCUUCCUUAAGUUUAAGCCUCAGUCACACUGGGAACUGAGGUUCUGAAAUGUCUGUUCCUGUCUUUUGUAAAGAUUAUCAGUGUGUCAGUAAAAUGAUGUGGGCUUACA